GGUCGGAAGUCCCAACCGGUUGGGAAUAGGUGCUCGGUGCUGAAGAAGAUAAUUUUGAUUAGGAAGUGCUAUUAAGUGUGGUAAAAAUGAUGUUCUGUUGCUAUUGUUGGAUAGUUCGUUGGUGUGACUAAAUGACCAUGAGUUUUGCAUUAAAUGAUAUAACGUAACAAGUGAAUGUUGUCAUUGCAUACCAGAAUAUAGAAUUAUUGCACUGUGUUCCUCUGCCGUUCAUGUAGGAAGUGUAGUUUUCAAGCUCUCUCAAACGAAGAACAUUAUAAACUGCUCAAAGUUUUCUGCACUUUCUAAGAACACUGGCUAUAUAGUAUAUUCAAAUAAAGUGUGAGAUCUGAAAAUAAAAGUGAAACUGCGACGAUAGCUCGUGUGAAAUGCAGAUGCCAAGUAAAAAGUGAAACUAUUCAUCCAUCAGCCGAAAACAGAAAAUUAAAUAACCCAUAUCCAAUUUGCAUAAAUUUGUGGGAAAUGGACACCACAGCAGAUAUGUUUUGAAUUGAAGAGCUGCUAAGUGUUGCGCAGUGACAGUGUUUUCACGCCGCAAAGUGAUAAGAAUGCCAAAUUACAAAAUGUGUCCUCGGCCGAAAACCCUUCUGAGGGUCGCAUUGUUCGUGGUGACGGUUUUGCAACUGGUGCGUGCAGACGCCGAAGCCCAGCUGCGCUUACCGGCAAUUGGCCAGAGUGGGGUCGUUGUUAAACCGGAUGUACGACACAACAGUUAUACCGAUGUGGAGGAAGAAGAAGAUACUGAAGAUACGGCGAAGCGAAGUAAUAACUAUGAUCGAAGUAGAAGUGAAAGAUUUGGGCCGCCCUACGAUGGGGACGGUGAUGGGGAAGUGGAAGAAGAAGACAUGGAAAACUAUCCACAGAGCAGAAGCAACGAAGACCGACAGGAUCGGCAAAAUAGGCCUUUUUCAUAUGACGAUCGAAGUCGAUACAACAACGAUGAUAAUCGAAACUAUGAUCGGGACCGAUACCCGCUGGAGCGGGACCGCAAUCGUUACACGUCGGAUGUAGAAAAUCCGAAUCUGUACCAAAACCGUGCACCAUAUAAUCCCAACCAGCCGGACGAUCGGUACAACCGUAAUCGCUACCCGGACGGUCGGUACGAUCCCGAACGCCGUCCAUACCAGAACGACGUGGACAAUCCAAAUCUCUACCAGGAUCGAACGCCGUACAAUCCAAAUCGGCAAAACCCAUACGAACCCCAGCAAAGACCAUUCGGUCCGGUUGAUAAUUUCAACAACGAUCGCCCUCGGGACCCCUACAACGAGGGUCCGUUUCGAAGCGUCGAAGAGGAACGUCGCUUCCGGCUGGAAACGGAGAAACUUCGCUCCUUUUUGGUGGAUAUUGAUCGGAAGAGUUCGCUCGAAUGUUCCCUCAACGUGGCAGCCCAGUGGAACUUUGAGACCAACGUGAACGAGGCGACCCAGGUCGAAGCGGGAGUUGUCUGUCUUUUUGCCUUGGUGCUUCUUGCAUCCGCCGAAGAUGAAAAGAAACCAGUGGCUGAAGCUAAGGUAGAUGACACCAACGCCGAAGGAACGAACCUCGACGAGAAGAAACAGGACAAACGGGGCCUGCACGACUGGGCUGGCUUCGGCAGCUUCGAGGAAAAGCACGAAGUUCCCCACUUCCCCACACACGAGGAAAAGACCUUGACCGUGGUAAAGAAGAUCCCAGUGCCGUACCCGGUGGAGAAGCACAUCCCGGUGCCAGUGGAGAAACACAUCCCCUACCCGGUGAAGGUUGGUGUACCAAAACCAUACCCCGUGUACAAGACCGUACCCUAUCCGGUCAAGGAAAUCGUCAAGGUGCCAGUCCAUGUUCCAGCUCCAUACCCAGUUGAGAAGAAGGUGCCAUACCCAGUCCAUGUUCCGGUUGACAACCCAGUCCCAGUCAAGGUGUACGUGCCAGCCCCAUACCCCGUCGAAAAGAAGGUCCCAGUGCCGGUGAAGGUCCAUGUCCCAGCUCCAUACCCAGUUGAGAAGAAGGUCCUGGUCCCGGUCAAGGUCCCAGUCCAUGUCGAGAAGCCAUACCCAGUCGAGAAGGUCGUCCAUUACCCAGUGCACGUCCCAGUCGACCGUCCAGUUCCAGUCCAUGUUGACAAACCAGUGCCAGUGCCAGUGGAGAAACCAGUCCCGUACACCGUAAUCAAGAAGGUCCCAUACCCGGUCCAUGUCCCAUAUGACCGUCCAGUUCCAGUGCACGUAGACAAACCAGUGCCAGUGCCAGUCAAGGUCCACGUGCCAGCUCCGUACCCAGUUGAGAAGCACAUUCCAGUUCCAGUGUACAAGAAUGUUCCAUUCCCCGUCAAGGUACCGGUCGAUCGUCCAAUUCCCAUUGAAAUCGAGAAACACGUCCCGGUGACCGUCGAGAAGCCAGUCGCAGUCCCGGUCAAGGUCACCAUCCCCGUUCCAGUGCACCAAGAGGAACAACACCAUGUCGAGGAACACAACUUUGGUUCAGAGGGACAUCAAGAAUUCCAUGAGCAUCACUAAGUCAAGAAGAGCCCCCAUCAUUUCAUUAUUUAUAUCGCGAAACUUGUGAUUUUAGUUUCUAAAACUAACGCCUCAACCACUAAACAAAAAAUGCGAGAUCCUACCAACUAAACAGAGAAAGUAAAAACUGAUCAGAUGAAGCAAUCGAAACGAAAAACUCACCACUCAAAAGCGACAUCGAGCGAGUUCCCCGAAACUCACGGCUAGUGUGACCUUUCAGUGGCAGUAUUCCGGCAGCUUACGAACUGUUUCUCGCCGUACUCGAAAAGCCCCUCUUUCCGGUCCGCAGAAGGGAUUCACUCGCAGUCGCUUACCGUAGUUCCCAGCAGAAAUGUACAGCAAGAAAUUUUAGUUUUUCGAGCCAAGCCCAAACCAACCGAGAGAUGCCUCCGUGCCAGGAUCCAUCUAAUCGGAGCAUAGCCUCGUGAAAAUGGCUUGGUUUUGGAUAAGAGAAUUUCGCACUCAUUCUCCGCACCACCAACUAAUGGAACAAAAUGCUCAGUUACCAAAACUUUUUGCUACCUUUUUUGUUGUUUAGAUUUUUAGUAAGUGAAACAAGCAGACGAGUAUGACAGGAACAGAUUGAUGACUGAAGGCCAAGCGGAUAGCGUUUGCUAAGAUAAUUUUUUUUGUACAUAUAGACAGCCGCAAAGAGAAAAAAAAAGCUUUUUUUGUUGUUGCCCAAAUAUGUGAUUUGUGUUUUUUCCCGAGAAAAAAAUUGUACUAGCGAGGAAUGUUGCCCAAAUUUGUAUACUUUUUUUGCGAGUAAUGUUCUGUUUAUAUUUUUUAAAACAUGAGAGAAAAACAAGCCAAAAAAA